AUGUUAACACCAGAAUUACAUCUUCAAGGUAUGAAACCUGAGUUGGUCAACUGUGGAUCAAAGUUGAAAGGUGUGAAGUCUGAGCCCACAUAUGUCCAGACAGUAAAGGAUACAGGGAUCAAUCAUGGUGCUGAAUCACAGUUUGUGGGAUUCUCUAAGCAGGCCUCAGACUCGAAGGUUUAUAGAGUGGUGCCUUCUGAACUCAAUGCCAGAAGCCAGAAGCGAGAUCGGAAGUCUCACAAAUUAAGUCAAAAGCAACAACUUCAAAAAAUAAAACAAAAAGCGUUCAGGGAUGAGCCACACUUGCAACAUAUCAAGUCAUCAGAAUUAUGUACAAAGCUUCAAGACCUGAAAUCUAUGGAAUUCAAUUCAGAGCAACAGUUGCAAGAUGUGAUGUCCUCUGUGUUGGGUCUGGGAAUAAGUCCUCAGUCUUUAGAUGUCAACCUUGGGCCACAUUUGCAAGAGACAAAAUCUUUUGAGGUGUGUACAGAAACCAAGCUGCCAGAUGAGCCGUCUCAGGAAUUCAAGCAUAAGCCUACAUUGCAAGGUAUGAAGUUUUCUGAGUUGAACUCAGGGACAGGAAUUCAAAGAGAGAUGUCUAUAAUAGUUAACAAAGGACAACCUGUGCAAGACCUGAAGUUUGAAUCAACUCCAGGGUCAAAUAUUAUAGAUGUAGCACCUGUAGAAUACAACCUUGGGCCACAGGUACAGAGUGUGAUUUUUUCUGAAUUGAAUCCAGGAUUAAAAUUACAAUGUAUAAAUCCAGCAAAGCUUAGUUCAGGGCCACAGUGGCAAAACGUGAAGUCCUUUGAGUUGAACCCUGGACCAGAAUCUCAAUGUCCAAAGUCUGUUCUGUUGAAAUUUGGACCACCUUUCCAAGAUGUGAUGUCAUCUCACUUAAUGGUAGGGGCAGAGUUUCAAGAGAUCCCGUUUUUGAAGAACCAACUUGGGUCGUGGCUGCAAACUGCACAUCCUGUGUUCACUUUGAGGCCUCCGUCAAAUGGUGUGAAAUCUGUGGGAGUUUCACCAACCCCACUGCCUGAAGAUAGAAUGUCUCCAGAGAUGAGCAAACAGCCAUUGCUUUGUUUGACAAAUUCUGUAAAAGUGACACCUGGCUGCAGUCGGCAGGACUUGAGAAGUAAGGAAUUUUCACCAGAACCUUGUUUUCAAAAAGUUAAAUCUGUGAAGUUGAAGCCAGGCUCACCAACUCCAAGUGUGAACCCUUUAGAGUUUGCUCCAUGCCACUGUUCUCAACGUACUAAGACUUCCUUUGCACUGAAGCCAUGUGUUCAUGAAAGAGAGUCUAUGCAGCUGAGACUAGGCUCCCGACAGCAAAGCAUGGAUUGCCAACAGUUUCCUUUAAAUGAGAAACCAGUGGUAUCAACACCAGAGUCCACUGGGAACUUCUUAGCAGGACCAGCACUGUCUAGUGUCAAAUUUUCAAAUUUGAUUCCAGAAUCACAGCAACAAUGUAUGAAAUUGACGGAAUUUACUUCAGAGCCAAAGUGGCAAAGUGUAAACCAUGUGAAAUUGUCAUCGGUGUCUCUGCCACAAACUGGAACCUCUGUGGGGUCAUCACGAAGACCAUUCCUUCAAAAUGUGACACCUGGGAACCAAAAUCCCCAAACACGUGAUCAAAUCAUAGAAUCCUCUCAAGUGAUAUAUAAACCAGGGCACCAGUUAGAGGACUGUGCUGAGAAGAUGAGUCGCCAAGUCUCUAAAUUGGUGGAUUUUAUUUCCCUACCAGUUUCUCAAGAUGCAGAGUUUUCAGAAAUGAAAAAGAGUUGGAACAUAAAAGCCCAGAAACAACAGAGAAAUCUAUGAGUUUGACCCCCAAACCAACAGAUCAAGUCAUAGAAUCAUUAUGGAUGCCUCAGCAGCUAGAUCUUCAAGGACCAGAAUCUGUUGAUCUGAUUCCAACACUAAGUGAUCCAGAUUCAAAGUCCUUACAACUAACCCCACAGAAAAGCUACUGGAGCCCAGAAACUGCAGUUGCUGCCUUGUUUGUGGCCCCAAUUUAAAGAUUACAAGGAGUUACCAACAGAACAAGCCACAGGAUCUGAUAGAAUGACCCAGGACCUCAAGAAUCACGUUGCAGAAGUAAGGAUGCUAACUUGUGAGGUAAGACCAGGGAAAGAAUUUCUUAGUGUGACUUCAAAGCCAGUAAAUAGAGAGACUGGACAUGUAGAAAAAUCUCCAGAGCUGUGUCCUCAAGACUUAGGACCUGUGGUGUUGAGCUCUGGGAAAAGAGCCCAAAGGGAACAAUCUGUAGCAUCGCCACCAAGGCCAUUCUAUCUCGUUCCAGAUUCUGUUUCAGGGAUAACACCAGGGCAUGGACCUCAGAUUCCUGAAUCUGUAAGUUUGACCUCUAAGCCAUGGCUGCAAAUAGAAGAAUCAUUAGAGUUGUCAACCCAGCAAACCAGUCAAGUUGUGGGAGAUACAGACUGUGAGGAGCUCACUUUUGAGUCAUGGCAACCAGGGGAGCUAGCAAGUAGGCUAACAAAGGCCCAGGGUGCAAGCACGGGAACU